AUGUUCCUUAGUAUCCAUCUACUAUUGGCCACCUGUGCGUGUUUCUCAGAAUUGUUUCGUUUUUCAUCAACAUUUUUCUUAUUUAUUUUAUCUGAACAUUGGAACCAGCAGGGUGACACUGACAACAACAUGAAUAUCACUGAUGAUGUUAACAAAGCCUCAAAACUAAUACGACCAGACCAAGCGAGUAUCAUAUACGUGACCAGUAUAUGUAUUAGUCUUCUGAUAUUCCUUUUGUUAUGUGUGAUACCAGCGAUGUUAAUUAUGUAUCGAACACGACCACGUCGACAAUCGUUGAACUACAGAGACUCACGAAGUAGUAGUGAAUUCAUGAAUGAGGAUAUGGAAAAUGAGACUUUGCAAUGUCGUUCAACGGCUACAAUCAAGAAUAUGGGAGUAAAUUCUUGUUCUGCAUUUGGCGCUCAAGGUAACAUUACUGACGAUAAAUUAACUCUUCUACCUGUACUGCAAGAUACACUUACUAUAACACAAGAACGACAGACAUCCGAAGCAAAACAUACACCUUACGACGAACAGUUAUCAUCAAGUACUUCUUCAACUAUGAACUGGGAUAUGGAGACGAAUUAUAUAUGUCCAACAGUUGUUCAUCAUUCUUCGAAUAAUAGUAAUAAUAAUAAUUAUGUUAAUUUAACUGAAUGUGUUUUACAAACAAGCCCAACGACAACGAUGAUGCAAACUCCACAGACAACCAAACUAAAUAAUGAUGAUAGUAUCGGAAAUAAUACUCAACAGCAAUCAACAAAACAAAAUUUUACAAAUUUUGCUAAUACAGAUCUCAAUGGUUCAAAAGUGAUUCGUCUAGUUCGUGCGAAGCAAGCUACCAAACGUAAAUCAAGUUUAGAUACGCUAAUUGAAGUUGUUCAGAAGGAACUUCUUCGUGUCAAUGGUCAAUCCAAUUCGACGUCACCGUCAUCAUCUCCGCCUCACUAUUCUCAAACACGUUCGACAACAAUAUUAUCCUCAUCCAAAGCUGUACAAUCCCAACAGCAACAGCGAUCUACGGUGUCUACCGUAUUACCCUCAUCACAUCCAAGUUCGUUAACAUCUCAAUCAAAUCGUUCAUUUAAAGCAGCACGGAAACGUGUUAAUCAGCAUUUUACUAAUCCAAAACGAACGACAUCAAAUCAAAACCGAAAUGACAUGAACAAUCAUCAUGAUGAACAUCAUCAAUCGCCUAAUGAAUCCCUUGAACAGACAGAAUCUUCAACAGAGAACAUCGAAGAAAUUGUUCGCGAAACUGUUGAUAGACUUGUUGCCAUAACACUGCUUCAUAAUGCACCAUUUAUUGUUAACAUGAUUACUGGUACGCCCGGUAAUGGUGUUAAUACAACUACAGAAUCAAAAGCAGUAACAAAUACAGUUAAUACUAAUAAUACAUCUACUGCAAAAACUUCGACCACUACAUCAUCGUCUGAUUUUUAUCGUACUGAUCUUGCAUUACUCUCAUCAACUGCCAGUGAAUUACGAAACUCGAUGCAGCAAUCAUCACCUCUAAAGCAACCAAUUGUGAUUCAGCCGAAUCCAUCAACAGAUCUAUCAAAGCCGUCGACAUUGUUUGUUACUCCACGUGUAUUGAAUAUACAAACUGUUGUGCCGAAACCAACAACGAACAUUCAAAUUGGUAAUACAAAAAUCAUUCUUGUAUCGCCAUCGACGACGGCAGCAACAGGCAAUUCUCCUAAUCAACACUCACAACAAUGCCUUGUUAAUAACAGUCCUGUCAAAUUAGUGAAACUAACGCCAACACUACCAAAGAAUGUUCAAAUUGUGAUUCCAUCCCGAACAUCUAAUGAAUCUCGUUCAACAACAACAACAAUUCGUCCUCUAUCAACUUUAACAACUUGUUCUACUGAUCAAAUUCCUCAAGCAGCACAAGAAGUAACCAUAACUACAUCACCCAAUUUACAUAAACCACGGAGACGUUCGUCAAGCACAACACCAACAGAUAAACCUGUCGGUAAGAUCCUGCGACCUAUCGCAAAAGUUCUUCCAGUUUAUUCGUCUAACAAUAGUACUCAUGCAAAUAACUCUUCAUCAAAUACGACUACAAGCGCAAAAAGUGAUGAUCUAUCAAAAUCAAUGUCUCUUCAUUUUCAACAACGUCCAUCAACAACACAUGGCCCAAUGAUAUACCGAAUGACAUCAAUGAAUCCUAAUGUGCCUGUCUUUCGUGUACGUGCUACAACUAAUCCGACAUCUUCGACAAUAAAAGCUGAUGCUAAACCAAUAUCAGUUGCGACUGCUGCUAGCAUGUGUUACGAACCUAAACCAACGCAUAGUACAGCGACAACCAGUGGAUCAGUUUCCGUAGUUGCUUGCUUCAAAACGACAAAGAAGAGAAAUAAGGAACGAGCCAUCAUGCCUCGUCCAAGUCCAAGUGAUUCUCUUGAGACUCCUCAUGAUGUCCAACAGCGUUUAACUACUGUAUCGAGCACGACUUCUUUAACACUUUCGACGAAUGUACCGUUAAUCAUAAACAAUCAUUCAACAGCGGCUGAAACAACAAAUAAUAAUACUAACUCAUCACUUUUUCCAUCCACGUCUUCUCGUUUUACUCAACAGCACACUUUACCGACAGUACUUUCCGAUAAUAAAACAUCGAACCUACAUGUAUUAUCUCGACAACAACAACAACAACUCAAUGAUUCAACAACAUCAUCGAAUGAACUUGAUAUAUCUUCUCCGAACAAUAUUUCGAUUCAACGCAGUAGUCCGACACAGCCGAAUAAUUAUUCAAAUUCGAUCAAAACCAUAGCAACUUCAUUGAUAUCAACAUCAACGACGCGACCAUUGAUGAAAGAUAAAUCCAUUCAAUGUAUUGAUAAUAAUGAGAACAGUACUGGAGAUCAUGAACAAAUUCUUAAAAAUAAUUUGUCAAAGAAACGCAAUGGUCAUUCUCUAGAUGAGAGUUCAUCCAAUGAUGAGAAUUGGAGAGUCGCUGCUGACGCGCUUCUUCACAAUGUUCUCUCUCAAUAUGGUUUCCGUUUUCUUGACGUUAAUUGUCAACAAAAUUUAUCAGCUCGAUUUGAUUCUAUUCAAGCCAAUCUUGUCAGCGGUGUGAUACUAUCUCAAGAUGAGUUUUACAAAUCGGUACGUGAAACGAAAGAAAUACUAGUCCAAAACGGUUUAUCGAAAAUCUCCGCUGAUAAUCUGGACAAAUUAUUUCAUUAUUUUGAAAUUGAAUAUCCGAAAUUAUGUGAUGGUGAUCCAUUGAAUCGAACAAACGAUCGGAAACGAACACGUCGACAAUAG